CAUACUAUUUAUGAUGUUGUCCUACUUAGCGCUGUUUCAAAGCUACAACAUUCAAACUACCCACCUUCUUCUUCUCCUUCUUUGAAGCAAUAAAUAGGCAAACCUCUAAACCCUUCGGAAAAAAAAAAAAAAAAAAAAAAAGAAGCAGAAAAGAAAGAAAAGCAUGAAAUAAUGGACUUUUCUUCUUCUUCUUGUUGAUUUGAAGGAACAGAGAAAGCAAAAAAGUACACAGAGCUCUAAUACCCAAAACCCUUGAAACAUAGAGCAAGAAAUGACUGACUCUCGAGCUCAAAUAAAACAACAAGACCAAAACAUCAUGAGCCCUCAAAUUCAAAAGCGACUCUGUGACUAUUGCUCAGAAACCACAGCUCUUCUCUACUGCCGAGCAGACUCAGCCAAGCUCUGCUUCCUCUGUGACCGUGAAGUCCACUCUACCAACCAGCUCUUCUCCAAGCACACUCGCUCACGUCUCUGUGAUUCCUGUGAUUCCUCCCCUGCUUCCAUUUUCUGCUCUACAGAGUGCUCUGUUCUGUGCCAGAACUGUGACUGGGAACGCCACAGCCUCUCACUUUCACAAGUGCACAAUAGGAGGCCACUCGAGGGGUUCACUGGGUGUCCUUCUGUGCAUGAAUUGUUGGGUAUUGUUGGGUUUGAAGAGACGGGUCAUAAAGCUCUGUUUUUGAAGGAUGAGAGCACUGGUGGUGGUGAUGGUUUUGAUGGGCUUUCGGAUUUUUUGGUUUGGGAUACUCCUUGUGCUGUUAGUCUUGAUGAUUUGAUUAGUUCGACGAGUUCGGAGCAUGAUUUUCAGGCUAUGGAAGUUCCUCCUCUGCCCAAGAAUCGUAAUGCUGCUUGUGGGCUAUACAAGGACGAAAUAAUCAAUCAGCUUCGUGAAUUGGUAAAGUUGGAACCCAACUUGAAUUGUGAAAAUAUGGAUGCUGAACCCCUCACUGGUUUCCAACCACUGCUGUCUGUACAAAAUGUACAACAAGAAGAUAUGGUUACAGGUUUUGCAGAUAAUGCAGAGCCAUUUGUUUUCCCUAGAUUUGAGGCAAGUGCAUUUCAGUGCUGUACUGGUGGUAGUGAGGCUGCAAAUCAUUUUUUUCUUCCUAAUUCAUCAACAAGAAGCUAUCUUGAAGAAAGUCAUGUGGUUCCUGACAAGCAUUCAGAUAUUAGUUGCAGUGUCACUCAUGCCAAUGAUGGUAGUGAAGGACAUUCACGAUACCCUAUUAAAUCUGAAACCUCAUCAGCUUUUCAAAGGAUUGCUUCACAUGAGCUGAAUAGCCAGGAGAGGGACUCUGCAUUAUCACGAUACAAAGAGAAGAAGAAAACAAGGAGGUAUCAUAGCCCCACCCUUUGCCCACAAAUGUAUGAAAAGCACAUUAGGUAUGAAUCACGGAAGGUUCGGGCAGAGAGCAGGAUAAGAAUCAAGGGACGCUUUGCUAAGAUGGAUACUACAGGCAGGCAGUUGUAACAUCAGAAUUGCUAAUCUUGUUUUGUUUACUGCCAUUGUAUUAAUUAUUAGUAAAACAAGUUUAUCUUUCAUCAGGUGAAGCGAAUUACUAUUUGUGUAUGUAAUAGCUUUUGAAGCUAAAGCUUGGAAAGUAUUUUUGGAUUUCACAAUUUUCACUUAAGCUAAAUGUAAAAUCUAGAAAAAUCAUUAGCUUUUUAAUGUUCACAAUUUUCACUUAAA